ACAGCCAGCUGAACACAACGACGACCACGAAGAAGAAGGCGGAAGGUGUAGCAAACAAACAAACCAUAGCAGAGAGCAGCUAAUUUAGGUCGUGGAAACUUUAGGUUGCAGUUUCGGCAGGUUAACUUCGGAUAGACGAGUUAUUCUUACUUAACCGGCUCUGUCUAAACUUUAUAUACGGCUUCCGAAAGGUCCUGGAAAGCCGUCAUCUAGCAUUUGCUAACUCUAGCCAAACGUCGGCUGACCUCAAGUUAAUCCUUUUCGUUUGCUUUGUUUUCUGCUGGAAAUAUAAUCAUAUAAACCAUAUAGAACGGUUCGCAUAGAUCAAGAAGAACAGCCUGGUUCGUUUAAGGAAUCGUAGUCAGACGGCUGGAGUUUCGUUCACACCCCACGGUGCGCAACCAUAAACGGGAAUACGUGUCCCUGAAAGCAGCCGAGGAUGGCCCGCCCCGGUGAGCGGGACAUGCAGACUCAAAAGAGCGUCCUUUUCCUAGUUUUCUGCUGCAUGUAUGUUCCCUCCCCAACACAUGCGUAUAUAUUUGUCCAUUCUGACAAUAUGACCUCCAUGUUGUUUGAGGACCUUCCUGCUUUGUUUGGACCGCCUCUUCCCAAGCAGGGGUUGAUGGGAGUUUUGGUGAUGUCCCAUCCACUCAACGGUUGUACGACGAUGGAUCCGCCUCCUCCUCUGCCGACAAGCUACGACGCCAACACCACUAAAUUUAUCGCUCUCAUUAGGCGCUAUGAUUGCAAUUUUGAUAUAAAGGUUUUCAACGCACAGCAGGCCGGAUACAGCGCCGCGGUCGUUCACAACGUGUACUCCGACAUUCUUCUCAGUAUGAACUUCAGCAAUAAGACUUUUGCCGAGCAGAUUGAAAUUCCCUCGGUGUUCACCAGCUACUUCGCAGCACGCAGGCUUGAGGAGAUCAUAAGUAAAGAAAAAGGAGCCUAUGUGAUACUGAAGCCGGAGUUCGCUUUCCCACUUUCAUACUACCUUAUCCCAUUCACCGGGGUAGUUGGCAUGAUUGUUCUUGUGAUGUGCAUAAUCCUAAUUGUACGGUGCGUGCAGUACAGGAAGCGUCUGAGGAAAAAUCGCUUGAGCAAGGAACAGCUAAAGCGCAUUCCAACUCACAAGUUCAGGAAAGGAGACGACUACGAUUUGUGCGCCAUCUGUCUGGAUGAGUAUGAAGAAGGAGACAAGCUGAGAGUCUUACCCUGCUCGCACGCGUAUCACUGCAAGUGCGUCGACCCUUGGCUCACCCAGACCAAGAAGACGUGUCCCGUGUGCAAACAGCGCGUGACCCGAAACAACCCGGAGCACUCCGAGUCCGACUCCGAGGAGGAAACCGGAGGUCGGCGAGAGGAGGAGGCGGCAGAGAGCGAGGGAGACUCCGAGCGCACGCCGCUGCUGCGCCCGUCCAACCCCGGCUCUCCGUCCCGGAGCCCAGCGGCCUACUCAGCCACCACCACCACCGCCCAGUGCCUCGUCUCUCCGGCCGACCACGACUCCCCCGUCCUGGCCUACGAGGGCUACUACUCCCCGCAGGAGGACACUGACUCAGAAAGCAGCGACGGAGGAGACGACGACACGGCUCGGCUCAUCGGUAGGAAGGGAGUGGUGGUCUGAACUUAACCGGGAGAACGAUGGCCACGUUUUAGCCCUGAUCCAGGAAAACAAGCGGGGGAGGAACGUCUCGCCGUUCGAGCAUGCUCAGUUGGCGGGAAGAUUUAUCGUCGGCUAAAAUGUCAAAAUACUUUCCACGUUUGUCGAUUUCGAGCGAAUCUUUUAUCGAGACGUCAGCGGGCGACAUUUUUUUUUUUAAGAGUCAACGCAGUAAUCUGUUUCACCAAAGUCAAAAUGUUAAGGGUCACUCGAUUGGACGCGGUAACACUAGAGCUCGCAUGUCUGCUCACCCACUACUCGUCACGUUUUGUACCCUGUGACUUUUAUCACACUACGAGACCAGACCACUAGUGCAGCCGCAGGUUAACUCUGACAAAAAGUGGCCAAAAGGGUUUAGAUGAUCCCAUGUAGGAAAGCUCCCAGUCAUUUUCCCCUUUUUUAAAUAAUCUCUUUAGAUGUUUGUACUAUAGGGGGGGGGGGAUUCUCUGUUUAAUUUUACUUUUCCUAAGAGGACUAGAUUGUUUCUGUUUUGGUGAUAAAUUAUGCUCUAGUAGAACAUAGGAAACAUUUUACACCUUUCUGCUGCUUUUACAGUGUUGUUGACGUUGCUAUGUGGGCUGUUAAGUUUUUGUUUUUGUUUUUUUUAGCUGUUUCCCAUUUGAUUAAGUUGAGUGAACUCAGGUUUAUUUCACAAUUAAUGGUCAGUUGGAUUUUUUUUAGUAAAAGAAACAAGUGCAAAAAACCCAAAAUCAACUAUUGGGUUUGGUUGUAUAAAUGAAAUUCGUAGGGUUUUUUUUUUUGCUUCGCUUUUACUUUGUGGAAAAUAGAUCCAUACCUAAUUAACUUCUUUAUUUUCAUUUUUUUUUUUUUUUUUAUCUAUGAAUAGGUUGAGAAUUGGGUUUCUGAAAAGCGGUUUGGAGGGAAAGUGCGUUGCCUUACGUCAGCCUUGACAUUCACUUGUGUGUUAAAUGUUUGCAAAUCGCGUAGUUUAGACACUCCUGUCCCAAGUUUUUCUUUUGUUCUUCUUGUGGAGCUGCAUCUUUUUCAGAUAUUUUUUUCAAAAAACUUUUUUUAAGUACAGACUGCCUGUGUUUUUAUUAGCAACCUAACACCAGGAUAGGUAUAAUCACAUUAAGGUUGGUUAUGCUCUUUUUUUUUUAGAUGGCCUGUUCGGGGUCAGUCCUGCUCAUUUACUUAAAAAAAGCCUCACAAGUGGAAGUCCUAAGUAGUUUUGGCCAUAAUGUUUUAUUUCUAAAAUGAAAAAUAAAACUUUAAAAUUAGCUCCGAAACUCAAAACUAUUGACUACUGUUAUAAUUUGUGUGUCUGUAUGACUCAAACCAUGUAAACAGGGUCUUUUUGUUGUGUGUGAUCAUCUUUUCUUUACCUCUAACAAGCUUUCUGUUCAUAAAUGUACAUUAAAAGUUGUGAUUUAUUUUUUUUUCUAUGGAGAACUAGUGCAAUUAUUGUAUCAUUUGGUAUAACGAGUCCACGAAUCUUUAAACAGAGGAAGCCCUACAUAUGAAGAGAAUAAAUUGUGGGCAGGGUAUGAAGCUGCAACAAUAGGACUGUAGGAUUAUUAACAUUCCUUCACAUUGUACUGCCCAGUGACCCUUGCACUGUUGGGGAUGGAUUUGGACCUGUUCGCAAUAGAAGAACUGUUUGAGUUCACUAUAUACUUCAGAUAUCUUUUGUACUGUACCUCUUUUUUCCUAUGUCUGAGCUUUAGACUGUUGACGGAAACAAAUGGAAAUAUAUCAUCAUCAGAUGUUAAUUAUCACAGAAUUUGUUUUUUUUUUAAUUUAGGAUGUGCCUAGGUUAUCGAGACACAACAGAGUUUAUGAAUCAAGAUUGAGAAUGCAUACGGUGUCCAAACGUCUGUGAGAGGUAAAAUUAAAUGUGUGAUUUGUGAAAGAGUAAAGAGAACUGAAAUGUUGCCAUAAUAUGUUGAAUAUGAAAAGUUAAGUAAUUUCUCUUCACAAAUGCUCAUUGAGACAUAAUUCUUGAUAAUAAAGCCACUAUGAAAAAAAA